CUGCUAUGAUCCAUCCUUAUUACGCCGAAAGAAAUUUUUGAAGAUAUGAAGAAAGAGGUAUGUCUGGAAGAGGAAUGUACCCUCAUCAUGACUUCUAUCAAUAUAAAGACGAUCAAUUUGCCAGACAUAUUGACUAUAGACAAAGACCAUUCAGUGCUAAAGAGGAGAUAAAAAGAAAUCUAGGAGGAGAGUUCAAGCAAGAAGAAAAGAAGGGAGAUAGAUAUUACAGAGACUAUCAAAGACAAAGAGAACAAGACGAUAAAAGGAUGCAUCAAAACUGGAUGCACCCUUGUGAGAGAUUAGAGUAUGUGCCAAGGUAUCAAAGACAAAGCAGUCUGAGAAGAUUUGAAUUUAACGGACCUGCUCCUCAUCACGAUAUGAACCACCUCUAUGGGAGAAACAUGCCAAGAAUCAAAUCUCAUGAUAGAUUUAUCAGAGAGACUACUUUUUCAAGAGCAAGUGGCCCCUUAUUCGAUUCUGACUUCAGAGUUAAGCCACACUAUUCCAGAGCAGGAGAUAGAAGAUAUUACGGAGAGAGGAUGGAUUACAAGGCAGAUCUCAGAGAUGUCUACAGAGAUAGGCCUUACCAACCCCGUAGAGAAAGUGCUCACGGAGAAACUACACCAAAAAGGGAAGAAAGAAAACAAGACAAAGAUGACAGCGGAAAAGAAGAAAAGAAAGAGGAAAAGAGAGAAAAGAAAGAAGAAAAAAGAGAAAACAGAGACUCAAAAAACUUAGAUGAAGGUGACAGAUACAGAUAUGCUAGAGAAUUUAGAUACAAUGGUCACAGAUACCAAGGGUUUAGACCUGAAAGACAUCUUCAUGAAGGUCAUAGAUUUGAAGGCUUUAGACACGAAGAUCAUAGAAGAGAAGACUAUAAACAAGAAGGAAAGAGGUACCCUGACCCCAGAAAUGAGGCUCAUAGAUAUGAAGCCAAAAGAGUUGACAGAGAUCACAAAGAGGCUAGACAUGAGAUGAAUGAUCAUAGAUUGUAUGGUGAUAGAUUUGGAAAAGAUGAUCGAUAUCAAAUUCCCAACAGAAAAUACUAUUCUCCCUAUGAGUUAGAACUGAGAGGAGGUGGAGAAUACCGUCAUAGACAUAACUAUAAUUAUCAGCAUGCUCCAAAUAAUGAAGAAUAUCUUCCUUACAACAGAUAUAGAGUUGAGAGAGACUUUGAAAGAGCUAGGUAUGGAGAAAUCAGAGGUGCUCAUGAGCAUCACCAAGAUCAUUUCAGAGCAGGAAAUAGAAAAUAUUUCAGAUUCGAAGAUAGAAGAGAUUUUGACGGUGAGCAUGGCCGUAUCAGACUUGGAGAUAGAGAUCCAUAUCAGAAAGUAAAUGAUAGAAGACCGAAAGAGAGAGGGGAAAAACCUCAAGAAAAAGAAGUAAAGGAUGAAAUAAAGAAGAGCCCAGAGAAGGCUGAAAAAUAA